AUGUGGAACCCACCUGCCUUAACUGCCACAGGGGAAGGGCAAGACCUAGAUUCUGUAACUACUAUGAUAGGUGGAGCUGAUGAUCAUGGCCAUAUUAAGUUUUCCCAAUUUGAUUCAGCGGGUUUCACUGAUGUUCAUCAGCAUGACGUACAAGGAGAUUGCUUCUCAUACCUCUCCGAGUUCAAGACUGAAAACAAGAGGUUGUGUUUGGAUUUGAACCGCUUAACAGAUCCCAAGGCUGAUGCAAAUCUCAUUGACAUCAAAUUUUUAGACGACAAGGCUGACUUCAAUGAAGUGUCUCAAACCCCGUAUCCGGAGGUGAUGAUGAGCGAACUUAACAAUUUAACUGAUGAAAGUAAUACCAUCCUGGCUGAUUGUUCGGUGAAUUAUAAAAAAUUAGAGGCUGACAUCAAUUUCAUGCCACAGUCGUGUGAGUUGGUUUCAGGUUAUCCCAUAAAGGCUCAUGGAACAGAAGAUAGAAAUAGCAGAAUUUGUAGGUUACCUAUGAGUUCUUCUCCUUCUCCUUCUCCUUCUUUCGAUUGUGGCACAUCAUCCGUGCUGCCUUAUCCAAGUUGCUCUCAACAAAUUGUCAAUGGGAAUUUUCUUAGUCUUGGCAUAGGAGGUGGUAUGGAAACCAAAACCAAUAGUAAGUUCAGUACUCGAGAAAUUGCUAGUAAAUUGGCAGAUCCUCUAUCAUCCCAGUAUAUGGGUCCUAUUGUUGGACAAACUCCAACGAAUCCUUCGAGUCUUACUCCAUUAGUAGGCUGGCAAUCAAAUGUUGGUGGAUUAUCAAGCUCCUCAUUAGCCGACACUCGUGUUGAAGGUGUACAUUAUGGAGACACUAGGUCAAAGAUAAAUCCAAUUCAAUUUCGUGGUUUCCAGGCUCCGCAAGCUAAUCCAUUCUCUAACUUUCCAGCAACAUAUGAUAAUUUUGGGUUUAACCUGAAUUCACCAUUGUCACCUUCUGUAAUUCCUAUAGUCCCUCAAUGUGGAUUUGUCAACCAGAACCUGUUGGGGACUCAAAUGCCUAAACCCACAUCUUUUUCGAGGCAAGGUAUUCGUUUGCAACAACAUUACAGCAGCAGAAGUUCUAUAAAUGCCCCGUCUGAUUCUGCAUGGUACAAAGGAAGCCCCGUGGGUCAUGAGCAACUAGGAAGAUUAGUGCCACUGGCAGAAGCUAAAAGACCCCGAAAUAUUGGUAGUGUUUGUUUUCCUGGGAGUGUUCAACCAGUGCCAGUUGGGAACCGGUCUUUGCAAGCAAAAGGUACCACCAGUACAGGAGUCGCUAACACUUCUCCUUCCCCAUCAAAUAUUCAACCAGUUGGGCAAGCACCUUAUUCUCAUAAUAUCAGCUCUAUUGCUGGUACUAGCUUAAUAUCUGAGAGAUUCACGUACCCAAUUUCAAGAGUCAGCCCAAUCCAGUCUGCUGCUGCUGGCACAUUUCCUAGGAGGCUUGGUGUUCAAACUGCUGAGCCUACUCCUCGAACCAUUGGAGCCAUUCCUGAAAACCGUUUACCAGUUCAGGCUUACCCUGUUAGACCCAUAGUUCCAUCAGGUACACCAGUUCAGGCUUACCCUGUUAGACCCAUAGUUCCAUCAGAGGUUUCUGUCUCGGCGGUGCCGGUGGCGGAGGCGGAAGGAAAGACAAGCGUGAUAGAGGCGGGGACUGUAACUUCACGCCGGACUGAAGUGGGGGCUGAAACUUCACUGACGGAUGGAAGUGAAGGUUGGAACCGAACGUGUUCACGGCGCGCAGAGGCAGGGUUGAAAAGACAGAGGUGGCGGUUGAAAAUUCAAGGUGGACGGAAACAAGGUUUGGACCUUCGCGGCAGACUGAAGUUUUGUUCACGGUGCGCAGAGGCGGGGCUGGAACGACGGAGCGGCGACUGGAAUUUCACGGCGGACCGAAGCGUCGGGGUCUGCAACUUCACGACAGAUGGAAAUUUUUCUCACAGCGCGCAAAGGUGGAGGCUGAGCGGAAAGUGA